AUGUCUUCUAAGUCCACCCCCCGCCGGACAGAAGUUUUAUUGUCUCGAAGAUAUAUCGAGGGCUUAAUAGCGGAUGGGAGGUCAAUCAUUGUCGUCAACCAGGCGGUGCUGAAGGUCGAUCCGUGGCUCAAAUAUCAUCCUGGAGGCGACAAGGCUAUCCAACACAUGAUCGGCAGAGACGCAACAGAUGAAGUAACUGCGCUGCAUUCCCCGGAAGCACAGAAACAAAUGGAGCGGUAUAAAAUUGGACGGAUUGAAGGUCGUUGGGUGAACUUUGUCCCUCCGAUACAAGGUGGAAGAUUUCGGUCAUACUGUGCGGGGACCUCAGACGCAGAGGACGAAGAGGACAAUGUCGAGGACCAGACCACCAGCUCUGAAAAUUCGAGGGCUCCUUCUCCCAUAUUCGAUGCCGUAGAUCUGACCGUUCGCCGACGCAUACGAUCUAAGGACGAUCGUCUGUUAUCUUCUGCAUCAUCUGUAUCUUCUGUCGCAGAACUAGAAGACGGAAUGUCUUACCUGGACGCCCAAACUAAAGAGCAGAUCGAAUUGGAUCUCUCUAAGUAUCCGUCUCUGGACCUCAAUACCCAGGACGAGGUCAUCACGAAAUACCGUCUGCUAGACCAGAGAUUACGAGAGGAGCAUCUCUACGACUGCAACUACUCUGCCUAUGCGAUUGAAGCCUGCCGUUACACCUUCCUCUUCUGUGGGAUGCUCCUAUUUCUGCGCCUGGGAUGGUACGCUACCAGUGGUCUGUUCCUAGGUUGUCUCUGGCAUCAGCUGGUAUUUACAGUGCAUGAUGCAGGACACAUGGGUAUUACCCACAACUUCCACGUCGACACGACAAUUGGUAUUAUCAUUGCUGAUUUCAUUGGCGGGCUGUCUGUUGGCUGGUGGAAACGGAACCACAAUGUCCAUCACAUUGUGACCAACUCUCCCGAACAUGAUCCGGACAUCGAGCAUAUGCCGUUCUUUGCUGUUUCUCAUCGGCUGUUUAACUCGCUCACGUCGUCCUUCUAUGAGCGUGUAAUGACCUACGAUGCAUUUGCACAAUUUCUGUUGCCAUAUCAGGCGUAUCUUUAUUAUCCAAUUCUUACAUUUGGACGGUUCAAUCUCUAUGUGCUGUCCUGGGAAUACCUCAUUCGAGGCUUGGGACCCAAGAAGGGACCUGCGUGGUGGCAUCGAUGGCUAGAGAUUACUGGACAAGUCUUCUUUUGGUACUGGUUCGGUUAUGUUAUCAUGUACAAAACCAUCCCAACUGCCUCCGGCCGUUGGACUUUCCUCUUGGUCAGCCAUAUGAUCACCAUGCCCUUGCACGCUCAAAUCACCUUGUCCCAUUUUGCCAUGAGCACUGCGGAGCUGGGGCCGCACGAGUCGUUCCCUCAGAAAAUGCUGCGUACCACCAUGGAUAUCGACUGUCCCCAGUGGUUGGAUUUCUUCCACGGAGGUCUGCAAUUUCAAGCCAUCCAUCAUCUCUUCCCUCGGAUGCCCAGGCACAACCUUCGUCGAGCCCAAAAGCUUGUCCAAGAAUUUUGUAUCGAUGUUGGCAUUCCCUACGCCCUGUAUGGAUUCGUGGACGGGAACAAAAGGGUCAUUGGGAAGCUUGGGGAGGUGGGAAGGCAGGCGGCAAUCCUUGCAAAGUGUCAGCGAGUCGUUGCUGAGAAGGGAGAUAUUCUGCAUGGACAUUGA